AUGACCCCUGAUCCCACAGACCCUGAUCCUACAGACCCUGACCCCACAGACCCUGACCCUACAGACCCCGGAACCCCUGAUCCCCUCGACCCCACAGACUCCGACCCUGACCCACAGACCCUGACGCCUACAGACCCUGACCCUGACCCCACAGACCCUGACCCACAGACCCUGACCCCACAGAACCCGAUCCUACAGACCCGACCCUUGACCCGACUUCCCACAGGAACCAUAUCAUGGUUUUUAUCCAAUGUGUUUAUGCGAAAUCUCUUCUAA